AUGAAAUACGCUUUCUUGCUGUCGCUCCUCGUUGGUUCUACAGCGGCAUCACUGCCGGCUAUCAAUGUAACCGGAAAUGCCUUUUUAAACUCCGAAACGGGCGAAAGGUUUUAUAUAAGGGGUGUUGAUUAUCAACCCGGUGGAUCUUCUAACCUAACUGAUCCCCUGGCAGAUGUUGAUGUGUGUUCAAGAGAUAUCCCUUACUUCAAGGACCUUGGUCUGAAUACCAUUCGAGUCUACUCGGUGGACAAUACGUUGAGCCACUCUGAGUGUAUGGAGAAGCUUGCAGAUGCAGGAAUUUACUUGAUCUUGGAUGUCACUACUCCUGGAACAUCAAUAUCGAGAAGCGACCCUAACUGUUCUUACAAUGCAGACUUUUUGCAAAACAUUUUUGCCACAGUCGAUGCCUUCGCUAACUAUACUAAUGUCCUGGGCUUUUUUGCAGGAAAUGAGGUUGUCAACAAUGAAGACGUUCUGUUUACUGCUCCAUACAUCAAGGCUACUGUUAGAGAUCUCAAAAAGUACAUUAAGGCAAGAGAUUAUAGACAGAUCCCUGUGGGUUACUCAGCUGCGGAUGUUGCUUCGGUGAGGCUAGAACUAGCAGAGUAUUUGAAUUGCGGAAACGAUUCAACUGCCAGGAUUGAUAUGCUUGGCAUAAACGACUAUUCUUGGUGCGGUCACUCCUCCUUCACUCAGUCAGGAUAUUCAGAGAAAGUGAAAAUGUACUCCGGAUUCUCUGUUCCUAUGUUCCUUUCCGAGUACGGUUGCAAUACCCAGGGUACCAGAGAGUUUACCGAGGUUGCUUCUAUUUAUUCUACUCAGAUGUCUUCGGUUUUUUCUGGAGGACUGGUCUAUGAGUAUUCUCAAGAAGACUCAGACUAUGGGCUUGUCAAGAUUGACGGAGAUUCUGUCUCCCCCCUGGAAGACUAUAACAAUCUGAGAUCUAUGCUGAAUUCUACAUCUGACCCCCAAGGAACUGGAGGGUAUUCUACGUCUUACAAGCCUUCAAAGUGCCCGACUGAUUGGAAUUUCACAAUCACAGUCCCAGAUACACCAGAGGAUGCCCAAACUUACUUUGACAAUGGUGCAGGUGCAGGUUAUGGAUUCGAGGCCGAAACGCAAGAGUCUUGCGACAAUGACGAUCUUUCUAGUGUCAGUUCUCAAUCUGUUACUUCAGCGGUCUCCUCUACUGCUUCGUCAUCAUCAACUAAGCCAUCUUCCUCUUCUUCGUCCUCUUCUACAACCUCCUCCUCGUCAUCGAAAGGUGUCGGUGGCCAAGUGCAAGCAGGCACAUUCUUCUCUGUUUUCAUGAUAUUGUCUGCUUUGCUAAUUCAAUAG